GAAGAGCGCGCAGGAUGUGGGCGGGGCCCGCGUUACCCACUCCGCUCAUGCGUAAUGACGUAGCUACGUAGCUAUAGCACACAGCUUCUCGGGAUACUGGUCUCUGCCUGGAUGACGUUUGAGGGUUUUGUCGACAACACCAUGAUGACUUUAAUUAAAAUAGACUUGUUGUUGAAAGCAGUGUCAUCCAUCAUCCGGGACUAGGAGCCGAUAUUAGCGUUUUUCAACACCGUAUUUAUCUCAUCACAGCAGAGUUUUAUUUCCCAGGGGUCUGCUGUACAGGGUAGAGGAGCAGAAUGAGUGGGGCGGCACUGGCCAUCGAGAUUGUGGUUGUAUUCUUUCUGGCUCUUUUCCUCCUGCAUCGGUAUGGAGACUUUAAGAAGCAGCAGCGUAUGGUCCUGUUCAGCACCCUCCUCGCCUGGUAUCUGUGCUUUCUCAUCGUCUUCAUCCUCCCUCUGGACGUCAGCACGACAAUAUACAGACAGUGUGUAAGCAGCCAUCAGGCACCCACCCAAAGACCUCCGAUCUCCAACCAGACGACAGGAAAUGCAAGUGUUGCACCCACUAUUAGCACUGCGACGGUGUGCCACAAGCCAUGGAGCUACAUUCCUGAUGGGAUCAUGCCCGUCUUCUGGAGGGUUGUAUACUGGACUUCACAAUGUCUUACAUGGCUUCUUCUGCCCUUUAUGCAGUCGUACGCCCGCUCAGGAGGCUUCUCCAUCACCGGCAAAAUAAAGACCGCUCUCAUCGAGAAUGCCAUCUACUACGGCACCUACCUGUUUAUAUUCGGUUCCCUGCUCAUCUACGUCGCUGUACAUCCUCAGUGGAGUCUGUCCUGGUACGAGCUGCAGACGAUCGGCAUCACGGCAGCCAACACAUGGGGUCUGUUCCUGCUGGUGCUGCUGAUGGGCUACGGGCUGGUGGAAAUCCCACGCUCUUACUGGGAAGCUUCCAAACAAGGACACCUGCUUAUCAAGACUUACUUCAAAGCAGCCAAGCUGAUGACUGAGAAAGCAGACGCAGAGGAGAACCUGGAAGAUGUCAUGGAGGAAGUGAGGAAGGUCAACGAGUCUAUCAAGUACAACCAUCCGUUCAGGAAGUACGUUGAUACGAUUCUUAGAAAGUGCCCUGUUGAAUAUCAGGAGAAGAUGGGCAGGAAUAUGGACGACUAUGAGGAUUUUGAUGAUAAACAGAACACAUAUCCCAGUGAAAGGAGCUUGGUGAAGCUUCACAAGCAGGCGAUUUACGCUGUGCAGAGACACAAUCGUACCCAGGUCCAGUGGCAGAUUCUUCUUGAUCAAGCGUUUCACCUGGAAGAUGUGGCGAAAAAUGAGACUAGCUCAUCUCACCAGUUUGUCCACAGCUUUGCUCCAACAGAACCUACAAGUUGGUUCACCCGCUACAUCUACACACCUACUGUAGAGUGGUAUUGGGAAUGUUUCCUGAAGCAGUGGUUUUAUCGAGUGUUGGCUGUGGUCCUGUCCCUUUUCUCCGUGGCUGUGGUCUGGUCUGAAUGCACCUUUUUCAGCACCCGUCCUGUCCUCUCUCUCUUUGCCGUGUUUAUACAGCUCGCAGAACGCGAUUAUAAUUAUUUGUACAUUGAGAUGGCAUGUUUCAUCACAAUCUUCUUUCUGUGCACCUGCGUGUACUCCACUGUGUUUCGAAUCCGUGUCUUCAACUACUACUACCUGGCCACACACCAUCAGACUGACGCCUACAGCCUUCAGUUCAGCGGCAUGCUUUUUUGCCGCUUGACUCCACCCCUGUGCCUCAACUUCCUUGGCUUGAUUCACAUGGACUCUGCUAUCUCUCACCAGGCUAAAGAACAGACAGCUUACACUUCAAUCAUGGGCUCAAUGCGUGUCCUAUCUUUUAUCGCCAAUGGAUUUUACAUCUACUAUCCCAUGCUGAUCGUCAUCCUCUGCAUUGCCACAUACUUCAGCCUUGGUACUCGCUGCCUGAACCUUCUGGGCUUCCAACAGUUUAUGGGAGAUAACGAGCUGACCUCGGACCUGAUCGAUGAGGGCAGGGAGUUACUGCGCAGAGAGAGAAGAAAACGCCAGAGGAUAGAGGACGGCGAGAACAGAAGAAGAGAGUGGCGAGAGCGCUACAGCCAUCAGAGAGAUGAAACCGGAGCCAGAAACAGGGCCCCCGCUUCCGAAAUGAAGGAAACCAAUUACUCUGACACGCUCAGCUCCAGCAGACAGGCUAAAUACUCUCGGGGUAGAGGAAUUCGCUCAGAGAGAGAUCACAUAGAGCUCCUGCAGGAUGCCGAGCCUAUGGACUUCAACGCAGAAACAGCCAGUGACGACCCCCUGGAGAGCAACAGGCACGUAGGAGGACGCUACCUCUCCAUGUCCACAUCCCAGAGCAGAAUUUUUGAUGAUGUGUAACCACCUUUUGCCUGGAGUAAAGUGCAGAAAGUGGGGCUGGAUUUAUCUUCUGCUAAAUUCCAACCUCGCGUAAGGAGACAUUAUUGGAUGUUGCGUCCUUCAUGAUUGUACAAUGUUACAUUACGCUGAGAAUGCACAACAUAACGGGUACUCAUGUUGUAACCCUGAAUGAAAAGUAUAUCCUUCUAUUCCUUUGUUCCUUUGUUGACUUCCCCUGUCCUUCCCCUUGAAAGAAUGUUAAACAAUCCUUCUAUUAAUUAUUUAUUAUUAUAUAUGGAGAAGGAAAUUGUUCAGAAAGCAUUGCAAUCUGACCUUUUCAGCGAAGAGAAAAAGUUGUCAGAGGAAUGUGGUUAUAUACAAUUUAACCAGUAGCAACCUAAAACGUCAAUAUUUCAUAUUUGUUACCACAGGCAAGUUAGCUUGUUAGCUACUGUAGUUCUCUGUGUAUAUAGUUCAAAGUGCAAAUAGCCACAGAAAAGUCAUACAGUCGCAUAAAGGUUUGAUUUGUUAUCUAUUAGUGCAGAAUGAAUAGCUGUGUAAUGAUGUUACUGUAUAUGUGUUCAUAGUUCAUGAAUCAAAGCAGAUUUGAUUAUCUUUGGCUCCUCCUGGGUGGUGGGUGUUUUAGAUGUCAUAGUGGGUAUAGCUAGCGGGUGGGAAUGUGCAAAUGAUCAAAUCAUGGAGAAAAUGUGGGAAUACUAAUACUGUGGCGCUACGGUGUUCAUUUUAAUCACCAUGAGCUUUGUAUAAUUUAUUUUUAAUUCUUCACGAACCUCUCAGAGAAGGGAUUUGGAAUGAGGUGGUGAUACACAUGUCCACUCCCUAUAUAUCCUCCUCCCUUUGUGUGGUGUAGGUGUUCGACAUUUCCGAGUCAGCAAAGGCAUUUAAAACAGUAGAAAAAAGUGCUUUAAUUCUCUUAAAUGCUGCAUGUCAAAAAUGGGAUAUUUUUUUUCUUAUUUCUAGUUGUUUGUUUUAACUGGUCAGUUACUGUAUAAACCUGAAUGACCUGCACAUCGAGUCACCCCAGGCAUGGUGCAAUUCAUAUCUACAAGGAUUUAUUUUGCAUUCCUUUUACUGCGAAAUGUCCAGAGCCAUCAUCGACCGUUUAUGAUUUAUAUUAAUGAUUACCGACACUGAAUUGUUCAUGCUGCGACUGGUGUUGCUGUAGCAAAUCCACUUCCAAUAUUCAGCUUGUCAUUUAAUCUGAGAUGCUUCUGCUGCUUACCAGGUUGAAAAGAUCGCAUAUUUAUGUUACCGUAAUAUUUUUGUCAAUUUCUCCUCUGACCUCUCUCAACAACAUGGCAUUACUGCUCACAGAACACUGCUGGGUGUUUUUUGUUUUUCCACACCACUCCAGGACUUUUGUGUGUGAAAAUCCAAGGAGAAUUUUUGACUCACCCACAACCAUGCUAUAAACAUUAAGAUUGCCCCCUGCAUUCUAGUGUGUGAUGUCAACAGUAACUGAAGCUCUUGCCUUGCAUUUGCAUGGUUUUGUAUACAUUAUAUAUAUAUAUAUAUAUUUAUAUAUGGAGUUUGAGAGUGAGAGUGGACCUUUUAAAGAGGAAAGCUUUAUUUAAGGAAAUACAAAACUCUACAAAAUGAAGUACAUAUAAUUUAAUAUUCUGGAACGGUUUACUUAAAACCUGCAUAAGCCUGUGAAAGGUGCACAUACAGUAAUAUAAACCUAAUAUUUAUUCUCAUUAUAUACCAUGCUGAGUGAGGAUGAAUAUAUUUAUUUUUGUGCACAGAGCAGAUGGGCUUGUGGCCAGAGCGAAACUCCUAAAUUAACUUUGCCAGGUGCAGAGUACAUUAUUAGGUUUUGUGUGUGUGUGUGUGUCUGUGUGUCUGUGUGUCUGUGUGUCUGUGUGUCUGUGUGUCUGUGUGUCUGUGUGUGUGUGUCAGUUUAAAUUGGAAAGACAUUGUUGAAUGAGUUUAUUAAUGAUUAUUUAAUGCCAGUGUUUCAGUUUUUUUUCUUUGAAUAUAAUUGUGAUGUGUAAUGCAGAGUGACAUACUGUAUCUUGUUUGUUUGGUUGGAAGAGUAAAAAAAAAAAAAGUGACCUUAUUUUCUAAAAUGAUGUGUCAGGAAAAAAAAAAAAGAAGGAUUAUGUUUCUUGCCAUUCAUCACUGCACUGCCAUCGUGAAUGCAAGAGAUAUUCACACUACUGUGGCGUUUUCUUUUUAAUAAUACAUGAUGCACUAUAAUUCAUGAUCAGUAGCAUCGUUUUCGGUGUCACAUGUGAAGCUGAUUUAAUUCUUUACUUUUAGUCGCUUGUGUUUUUUUGGUGGUGCUGGUGGUGUCGUCAUCAUCAUUAUUUCCCUGAGGCUUAAUCGUUAAGGAGAGUCAGCAUGAGGAACGAGAGGAUUAUAGAAGUCAUGCACACGCAUGGAUAUUACCUCAAUUUCAUCAAUUGCAUUCAGUGUAAAUAUUCAUCUUUAUCGUGUAAUCUUUCAGGAAGGACUUCUUUUUAAGAUCGUUCAAGAACAUAUAUAUAAAUCCAAAUCAUAUGUAAUAUAUUAAAAAAACAAAAACUAAUAAUGUGUUCUCACUGCAGUCAAAUUCAUUUCUUUUUUUUAAAUUUCAUUCUUUAAAGGAGUAGUUCAGUCUAAACAUACAGUUUCAAACAAGUUUCCUUUUUAAUUAAAUGUAUGAUGCGAAGUUUUGUGCUGCUGGGUUAAAUUCACAUGCAGUCCCCCCGUGUCCUAAACCACAUGUUCACACUAUCAAGUAACAAUCUCUACUAUGUAUGUGCACACCAAAUGACAGUUUAAUUUAGAUUUUCUCCAUUCAAAUCCAAAUCAUUGGCUUAACCAGUUCCUUGGAACAAUCCUACAGAGCAUGUGGUCCGAUGUUUCUUUAAUUCCCCACUCACAAAUUUACUUCCUACUCGCAAUUUACUCCUAUGUUUCCCUGAAAUGGACAACAAAACCACGAUUUCAUCGUAGCCUGUCAUAUACAAACAAUCCUUAAAUAUAUACAAGAAAUAAUAAUAUCAUAUUGGCUACAUUUUUUUGAGGAAUUGAACAAAAAGCACUAGAAGUCGCUUUCUAUUUUAAACAUACUACUGAGUUUUAUAAAUGAAUUUGUUUCAUUAUAAAAUUGAGUGCAUUUUCGGUGCAGUAUCUGUUGCCCUCCAGGUCAAUGAUUUCUACUCAAAAAAUAUACCUAAAGAUUGAUGUUCUACAGCUGAUUAUCAGUGUUGUAAUAAGCAUGACUUGUUUAAAACAGUUUUUGAUUGUUUUUACUCGACUGCUCCUUUAACUCUUAAAACUGUAUCACAAUAUAUUUAUGGACAUGAUUAUUGGUUUUGGUUUACAGAAUCAAUAACUGUGAUAAUUUCAGUGUUUGAUUUCGGGUGCAGUGUGAACUGAAGGCCACACUUUGCUUGUAAUGCUGGAUUGGUGUGAUUUUGUUAUCUGCUGUUGAUUCUCAGUGUUUUUUAGUAGUUUUGCACUCCAUAGAUAAAAUACACUUAGUGUAAUAGACUGGAUUGAUAGUAAUCAAAUUGCCAAUGAAAGCUCAAAUAAAAUCUCAUUAUCUGUA